AUGGGGAACAGUUCCUGUCAGCCACCGACUCUGCCUGAGGCCAAGUGUUCUUUCAUUGCCAGACCUUCCCCCCGAUCCCCAGGGCAAAUCUGCCUGAGUCUCCCCUGGUUCCCGGGGCCGCGCUGCUUGAGUCUCCCCCGAUCCCCGGGGCCAGGCUGCCGGACUGUCCCCCCGAUCCCCGGAGCCGCGCUGCCCGAGUCCCUCCCCGAUCCCAGGGGACUCUCUAAUUCUCUGCUUCUUCCCCCAGUCUCUGUCACCCUGGAUGUGGAAACGGCGGAUUCGCGGCUCCAGGUGUCUGGGGAUCGGAAGAGUGUGAGAUUCACCGGGACCCAGACGAAUCUCCCUGACACCGGGAAAAGAUUCACUUUCUGUGAAUGUGUACUGGGAUCGGAGGGAUUCACAUCGGGGAGACAUUACUGGGAGGUGGAGGUGACGGGGAAUCGGCGCUGGUGUCUGGGAGUCGCUGCAGAGUCUGUGGAGAGGAAAGGACAGGUCAAUCCGAGUCCGGAGACCGGAUUCUGGAUCAUCAAGCGGUAUUAUGAAGAGAUCCAGAAUUAUGGCGUGGCCAGCCAGAAUUAUGGCAUGGCCAGCCAGAAUUAUGGCAGGGUCAGCCAGAAUUAUGGCGUGGCCAGCCAGAAUUAUGGCGUGGCCAGCCAGAAUUAUGGCGUGGCCAGCCAGAAUUGUGACGUGUUCAGUAUUCACACCUCCCCUGAGUCCCGUCUCCCUGCCAGUUCCAUCCCUGGGAGGCUGGGAGUUUAUCUGAGUUACGAGUCCGGGAAAGUUUCAUUUUACAAUGCAGAGACCAAGUCCCAUAUCCACACCUUCACUGGGAAUAAAUUCACAGAGAAACUUUAUCCUUUCUUCCGGACUUGGGAUGUAAACCAGUGGCUGAGAAUCUGCUCCGGUUCCGCUCCGGGUCUGUAAACGGGUCGGGUCCCGGGACCGGCAUCAGGAGUAAAGUCCCUGUAAAUAUAAAUGUGAGGAGAGUGAAAUAAACUCGAGAUGAGGAUUAUCGAUCCGUUAAUUUUAACUCGUUCACCGCAUCCGACAACAGAACAGAAACACCGCGGAUUCAGCAGCAGCCGUGGGCGGCGGGUCCUGAGCUUCCCCGGGUCUUAAAGUCCAGCCAUACAGAGACAGGUUAAAUGGGACAAGUGGGGGUGGUGCUGACUGGAAAAAAGGGUGGGGGGGGGGUCAGGGUGAAUCUUGGUCAGGCCAUAACACAGAGGAACAGAAUUAGGCCGUUCAGCCCAUCGACUCCGCUCCGGCAUUCAAUCCUGGCUGAUCCCGGAUCGCACUCAACACCAUACACCUGCCUUCUCACCAUGUCCUUUGAUGGCCUGAUCGAUCAGGAAAUGAUCAACUUCCGCCUUAAAUAUACCCACAGACUUGGCCUCCACCGCAGUCUGUGAUAGAGUAUUCCACAUGUUCACCAUUCUCUUGUUAAAAAUAUUCCUCCUUGCCGCUGUUCAAAAAAAUCUCACAUCAAUGUUGAGGUUGUGCUUUCCAGUUCUGGAUACCCCCACGAUAGGAAUUAUCCUCUCCACAUCCACCCUAUCUGGCCUUUUCAACACUCGAUAGGUUUCAGUGAGAUGCCCAUGCAUUCUUCUAAAACCCAGUGAGUACAGGCCCAAAGCUGCCAAACGCUCCUCGUAUGUUAACCCAUUCAUUCCCAGAAUCAUCCUCGUGAACCCCCUCUGAGCUCUCUCCAAUGACAACAAAUCUUUUCUGAGAUAUGGAACCCAAAAUUGUUGACAAUACUCCAAGUGCGCCCUGAGUAGUGUCUUAGAAAUCCUCAGCAUCAUCUCCUUGCUGUUAUAUUCUAUUCCAUUGCACUUACCAUUUUUACCACAGAAACAUCCUGUAAAUUAACCAUCUCGGAGUCUUGCACGAGGACUCCUAAGUCCCUCUGCACCUCUGAUGUUUCAAUUUUCCCCCAUUUAGAUAAUAGUCUGUUUUGUUGUUCCUUUUACUAAAAUGCAUUGUCAUACAUUUCCCAACCCUGUAUUCCAUCUGCCACCUUUUUGACCUUUCUUCCAAUUUGUCUAAUUCAUGCUGCAAUCGCAUUGUUUCCUCAGUACUACACUACCUAUCUCCCAACCUAUCAUCAUAACAUCCCCAAACUCUGCCACAAAGCUAUCAAUUCCAUGACCCAAAUCGUUGAAAUGUGAAAUCAGCUUCCCCAAUACUGACUCCUGAAGAACAUCACCAGUCACUGGCAGCCAAGCAGAAAAGGCCGCCUUUUAUUCCCACUCGCUGCCCCCUACCUGUCAGCCUUUCCUCUACUUUUACCAGUAUCUUUACUGUAAUGCCAUAAGAUUUACUCUUGUUUGGCAGCCUCAUGUGUAGCACCUUAUCAAAAUCCAAGUAAGUGAUAUCCACUGCCUCUCCUUUGUCCACCCUGCUUGUUCCUUCCUUGAAUAACUCUAACCGAUUUUUCAGGCAUGAUUUCCCUUCACAGAAACCAUGCUAACUUUGACUUCUUUCAUCAUUGGUCUCCAGGUACCCCAAAACCUCAUCCUUAAUAAUAGACUCCGUUUUCCCAACUACCGAGGUUAGGCUAACUGGCCUAUAAUUUCCUUUCUUUGUUUCUUCCCUCUUAAAGAUCGUAAUUUUCAAUUUUCCGGUUCUCCAAGAACAUGCCAGAAUCAAAUGAUCCUUGAAAGAUCGUGACCAAUGCAUCUGCUAUCUCUUCAGCAACCUCUCUCAGGACUCUGGGGUGUAGUCCAUCUGGUCCAGGUGACAUGUCCACCUUUAAACAUUUGAGUUUGUCCAGCACUUUUUCCUUAGUAAUAACAAUGGCACUCAGUCCUGCUGUGUCUUCCACAGUGAAGGCUGAUGGAAAGUAUUCAUUCAGUUCAUCUGCCAUUUCUUUGUCCCCCAUUUCUACCUCACCAGCUUCAUUUUCCAGUGGUCCAAUAUCAACACUUAUCUCCCUUUCACUCUUUAUGUAACUGAAAAAAAAUAGUGUCCUGUUUUAUAUUAUUAGCUAGUUUGCCCUCAUAUUUCAUUUUUACCAGUCUUAUAGCUUCUUCUGUUGUCUUUUUCUGGACUUCAAAACCAUCCCAACAAUGCAACAUCCCACUAACAUUUGCUACCUUAUGUGCUCUCUCUCAGGACUCUGGGAUGUAGUCCAUCUGGCUCUGGUGAGUUAUCCAUCUCAAGACCUUUGAGUGUGCCUGGCGCUAUUUCCUAAGUAACAGCAAAGGCAUUCACUCCUGCUGUGUCUUCCACAGUGAAGACUGAUGCAAAGGGUUCAUUAAGUUCAUCUGCUAUUUCUUUGUCUCCCAUUUACUACCAAACCAGCAUCAUUUUCCAGUGCUCCAAUAUCAUCUCUCAUGUCCCGCGCACGCUGAAAAAAAAAAUUAGUAUCGUGUUUCAUAUUAUUGGCCAGUUUUCCCUCAUAUUUCAUCUAAUCCAUUCUUAUCACUUUUUUAGUUACCUUUUGUUGGAUUUGAAAAACUUUCACAUCAUUGAACUUCCCACUCACUGUUGUUACCUUAUAUGCCCUUUCCUUAGCUUUCAUGCAGUCCUUAACUUCCCUUGUCAGGCACGGUUGCCUACCCCUGUCAGUUGAGAACUUCUUCUGUGGGGCAUAUCUAUCCUCAACCUUGCGAACUAUUCCCAGAUACUCCAGUCACCUCUGUUCAGCUGUCAUCCCAACCAGUGUCCUCCUCCUAUUCACCUGGGCAAGCCCUCUCUCAUGCCUCUGUAAUUCGCUCUAUUCAAUUGCGAGACUGAUACAUGUUACUUAGUCUUCUCCCUCUCCUUGCUGUAUGAAUUCAAUUAUAUUAUGGAUCACUGGCUCCUAAGGGUUCCUUUACUUUAACCUCCCCAAUAAGAUCAGGGUAAUUACACAACACCUAAUCUAUGAUGGCUUUUCCCUGAGUAAGCCCAAAUACAAGCUGUUCAAAAAAGCCGUCCCAUGGGAUUCAACAAAUUCCCUCUCUUGCAAUC